ACCACACUGGCGAUUCUGCGGCUGGCAGGCGAGCUUGCAAGUUGGGCAGGCAGAUAUGAUUCACGAGUCUGACUCUUCUCAGAGUUGUUCUCUUCCUGGGCGCUGGGAACAGCAGUGCUAGAGAAUCUCCGUCCCCUUCAGCUACCCUAGUCCUAGAUAUCAGAAGCAGAGGCUGCGACCUGGCCACAGAUGCGGCGAUCAGGUUCACUGCUCGACCGUGGCGCUUCUACUUGAACACCUUGGACGUCCUCUUUACAUAUACCUAUCUGGGUUUCCUCUUUGCUCAUUCACAAACUCCAGCCUCCUACAAGCUCCACCAGCAGCAUAGCAGUAGUGCGGCGCUGGGAUUAGUCUCCAUGGCUAUUAUGUUCGACGUGUUCCGCCCUGCGGCGUCGGGCCACCCCGCCGCAGCAGUGGCUCCUUCUUAUCUGGCCGCAGUGCGUCCCGAGUCUGAAACAGCCUGCUGCGGACCGUCCACUUCAGGCGCCUCCAAGCAGUGCGAGCUUUGCCCAAAGGCCGCGCGCGUCUUCUGUGAUGCCGACUCCGCUUACCUGUGCUCCGCGUGUGACGUCCGAGUCCACACGGCCAACUUCCUGGUCUCCCGCCAUGUGCGGACGCUGCUGUGUAUUGACUGCCAAGGGGAGACGACCUGGCGCGCUUGUGGGGGACGGCCGGGCAAGGAGCACCACAGAUGCAAGGCUUGCGAGGAGACGGCGAGGCGACUGAAAGCAGAUGAGGACCAGUGCGUUCCUUCUGGGGGAGUAGAUGCUAGCUGGCUGACGUUGGGCCCUAUUCUGUCGCACCCGCUGCCGAGCAGGGGCGCCGUCGCAGAAGACAGGGCCUCGGGGCGCUGGGGGCGGGACACCGUGCGGGAGGAGCAGGCUGCCAUCAGUCCCUCAGGGAGCAGUGCGGUGUCGGGCUUGUCAGAGGAGAGGGAGGCUACGGUCACUCCAAGCAGUGUACUCAUCGAAGUGCCGCGGGGUGAGAGGAAGCGGGCGAGGGAGGAGGGAGAUGACGGUCCUGUUGCAGCGUCCCAUAAACAUCAGAAGGUUGAUCAUGCCCAUCGGCCACAAGUCGCAGCACUUCCCCCCCGCCCUCAGCGCAGCGCCCCUCUCCGGCCAAACACCGAGCCAGCAAUGACCAACGCCGCGAUUGUCGAGCGGCUCGAACGAACGCUGGCGCGGUGGUACGUCAGCCUGAACCUGAACAGCCCCGAAACAAUCCCACUGUCUAUGCACAUUUUCCGGAAGGUCCUGCAAAGCCUACAGCCUAACCUGCUGGCAGCAGAAGCGAUGAGGGUGACUCUGGCGGGUUGUCUUUGGUUAGCAACGAAGGUGGACACCGCGCAAGUGAAGGUGCCGAAAGCGUCGGAGGUUGCGGUAGCUGCGGGGGUGCAGGCGUCGAGGUUGUCAGCUGUUGAGCUGCAACUACUGACCCUCUUGGACUGGAGGUUGUUGGAUGGGUGGGUCGGCAGCGGCGAGGUUCUGGAUUCAUAGGCCUUACCUCUUUGGCGGAGUAAACCUGUGCAGCCAAGGCAGCGGUCUGUUGUUCUAGACAGUCUUGUAGAUACUAGAUUUGAAGGUUGACGAUACACAUUGCUGUACGGAGGCAUAGUCGAAGCUCGGAUUGGAGCUUGUCAAAAGCCUAAAAGACAAUUAAAACAAUCGAAACAGUUGCGACACAUUCGUUCUUUUAUCGAAAGCUGGGCAUAUUUGAUGUGCCAUGGGUUGGGCC